UCAGUUGUCAGACUCGCGCUGGACCGCGGAGCGCGCAGUGGAUGUCGAGUUUUGUGUCUCCACGAGAGAGCUCUAUCUCGAGAGCGAGCGUAGUGCAGGAUGUGAAGAUCCGCGAGUAUCUUUAGCCUCGUUUUGCACGUUCGAUCGUAGUCGGUGUUAAUUUUACUUUUUCUUUUCUCAUUCCCUUUUAUCGCGAUCCUGCAGCGUGGAGGGACAUUUCGAGGGCUGAAUUUCGCACACACAGACCCGAAGGCCAAUGUGAUUCGAGCGCUGACGAGAACCCAUCGAGAUUGCAUCGCGCUCGCUCGCUGUUACGAGGCAUCGACUCUAUGCAUCGUAGUUGGAUCCACGAGAGGAUAAAUACGCAGCAAAAAGAAACAAAAAAUAGGCAAUUCUCGGGCACAAUGUGUUAUCGUUAAAUGAAUCGUGACACUUGAAAGUUAGCGGUCUCCAUAAAUCGCGAUAUUGCGACGUCGAGGGGAUCAACUAAUACGAAAACUAAAGUUAUACGUGGAUGAAUAUUAAGGUGGAUAAAUGGUAAUGUAAAAUCGGGGAUUGUGAAGGAUCGAGCGAGCUGUUGUGUUCGAGCAUCGUCUCGUGCCUCUCGUUCCCGAUAUCUCGUGUGUGCAACGGUGCAUUAGCGUACGCGUUUCGAAGGUCGUUUGUCGAUGCGAAUAAUAAUUAAGGAGCAAAACUGUGUGCUGAAGCGAUCGAUUCGGAGUCGCUGAAGUUGACGAGUGCGCAUCAUUUCUCCGUGUGCAAAACGAGCGAGUAAAUUGGCGCGAUCCCUUCGCACUUGGUCGAUCAAUUAUCGUGAGAAUUUCACGCUGAAAAAGUGCAAAAGUAACGACGAACAAGUGUCUUUGACCGUUUCAAUCAAGCCGGAAGUCGAGACCGCACGCCCGCGAGAGACGUCAAUAAAAAUAAUGAUUUAUCAGUCGAAUCAUCAAAACCCAACAAUGUCCUCGACUCGAAAGACUUCGCCGCGUCCGCAACAUCGAAAAUUACACUCGACCGCGUCGAAAUCGGCCGCAUCCUCCUCCAAGGCCAAUAUCAAACGAGAUCGCGAGAAACCGAUCGAGAGAUGUCGAGGAAGAUGCAGGGUUCAGUGGAGCGAAAAACACGUCAAAGAGGGCCUCGUACUCGUACAGGAAGCUCAACUCGCGAGGGUCGUCAAAACCGGACCCAUUUCCGAACACUAUGAAAUCGACCCGAAACCAUUCGCAAGCGGCCAGUGGGCCAAAGUCUAUCGAUGCCGAUCACGCUCGACCGGGACACUCUACGCAGCAAAAUACUCAUCGCGAAAUCGAUUCAACACCGAUUGCAGCGCCGAAUUGCGCCACGAAAUCGCUCUCCUCUCACUCUGCUCGCAAUCUCCGCGCGUCGUUCGUCUCCACGAUGUUUACGAGACCCCGAAAGAGAUCAUACUCGUGAUGGAAUUCGCACCCGGUGGAGAUCUGCAGACUCUCAUAGACGGUGAUUUGGUACCGCUGGAGGGUGACGUGGUUCACUUUGUCAAACAACUCGUGGAAGGACUUGCCUACCUCCACGAAAGAAAUAUCGCCCAUUUGGACAUCAAGCCUCAAAAUCUCGUGAUGAUGGGCAGCUUUCCAGAGAGCGAAGUAAAGCUCUGCGACUUUGAGAUUUCGAGGGUGAUCCUGGAGGGGACCGAAGUCCGUGAAAUCUUGGGCACACCCGAUUACGUUGCUCCUGAAAUUCUCCACUACGAACCUAUCACGUUAGCCGCCGACAUGUGGUCCCUUGGAGUUACCACCUACGUUUUGCUGACCGGAUUUUCACCUUUUGGUGGCGAGACAGAUCAGGAAACGUUUCAAAAUAUUUCGCUCGGCGAAGUCGACUUUCCGGAAGAAUUGUUCGAGGAUGUUUCCGCGCAGGCCAAAGACUUUGUGGCCAAACUUCUCGUGCUUGACCCAAGUGCACGGAUGUCGGCAAAGCAGUGUCUGCGUCACGACUGGUUGCGGGAUGCGCCGACCCAAGCAUCGCCGCACCUGCGUCGUUACCUGUCGAAAUCGCGGGAGGUUUUGCUGGAGCGAGUGGUGAGCCGUGAGAAUUUGCGUCGCGCAGCGUUGUUGAGUCAGGCGACGAGUCAGGCGAACCUGAGCGAGGCGGGGGAGAGCAAGAGUUUGGGAGGGAGUUUGAGUCAGAGCGAGAUGUGUUUGAGUUACGGUUUGACGGGGAGCCGAGGAAGUUUGGAGGGCAGCGAGUGCUACAUGAGUCCGGCGGAUUCGAGGACGAGUUUGGGCUCGUCGCAGACGAGUCUGGCGACGAGUCAGGCGAGCUUGGCGACGAGUCAAAACUAUUUGUUGAACAAGGAGCAGACGCAGGGGCUCUUGAGCCAGGCGCAGAGCCGCUCGCAGGCGCAUUUGAAUCACGUGACGAGGCGGGGGUUGCUGUCGAGGAUGAGAAGUUUGAAUCAGAUUCAGUCGCAGGCGUGCUUGUCGCAGAGCGUUAAGGGGGACGAGCGCAAGGAGGCGAUGCUGAAUCCGCUGUUCGGCAGUCGCUCCCAGGAGAAGCUCUACGGAUUGCGGUGUCUCUCGAAGUCGCAGGGCGUCCUGGACAUUUACCGGAGCUUGGAGUGCCUGAGGAAAAGGAAUCGCAGGAGGAAAGACCAGCGAGCGGUGACCGAGGACGUUUUGCCGAUUUUCAGGAAAAUCGGCAGCGAAAUCGCCUCCUCGAGCUCGGCGGGCUCCUCGGAGGCGGGCGUCAACGGGGCCGAGAGUUCCGAGAGAGUUUUUUCGGACGCCCUCGAGCCGGAGGCGGCUGCGAACGCGUCCGAGAACCCGGAGCGAUCCCCGAGAAGAAACUCCCCGGGAGGCGCCGGCGAAGAGAAAAAUCGGCCAGCGGAGGAGCCCACGGAGCCUGUGCAAGUCCUGGAGAACAUGGACCAGUUCGAAGUCCACGAAAAUGGAGCGGAGCGCGGGGACCCGGAGGCCGAAGCGCCCGAAGGACGCCCCAAGGGCGCCGGGAUCGAAGGACUCAAAAUCGGCAAAUCGGAGGCCGAAGAAAAUUUGGAUUCCUUACAAUCCGUCGAGUCGGACACUCUGACCGAGGAUUCCGACGAGAUCCAGAGCGAGCGUAACCGGCUAAGCGUGAAGCAGGCCUCGCAGCGACAGAACUCGGAUAUCUCGAGCCACUCGAACAACUCGGCGAAUUCGGACGAGAAGGAAGAGCACUCCGAGUCGGAAAACGACGAGCCGAAGUACUCGGUCGCCCAGCUAGUUUCGGCGUUCAACAAGCACCAGGAAGUCGCCUCGAAGACGAGUCUCGAAGCGAUCAUGACGGAGAAGCGGGUGAGCGAAGUGACCUUUCCGACCGGGCCGAAAGCCCUGCGGCUUUUCAUUCCGGACAUAAACAUCACGGAGCGCGGUAUCGUGCGACGAAAGACGAGCUACAAGCCGCGGAAAAAUUGGGAGGAACUGCGAAAACAGAACGAGAAAAACGAGGGAGUUUUGAAGGACUUUGAAAGCGAGUCGGGCAACGAGGACGCCGAGGAAGUCCAGGAGAGCCAACGAUGCGAAAGAAGCUACGAGAAGUCCGAGGACCCGGAAGAAGAGAAGCCCUCGAUCCCGAGCGCCUUCCCGCUCAACGAGAUCAACUCCGCCUGGCCAAUGAGCGAAGACUCGAACUUCGAAGUGCUCGAAACUCGAGAGUGCCUCGACAGGAGAAUCGACGAGAAAUACAAGCAGUGCGUCGACGUUGCGAAGUCGGGCUCCAAGCCGGAAGCCUCCGAAGACAAAGCGAGCGGAAGCGGGCCCGGAGCCUCCAGAGUUUACCACCAAAAAGAGAGAUUGCCGAAUUACAUUUUCGCAGAAGUUCCGAGGCUCAGAGUCGAGGGGGGGGCCAAUUUCAGCGAGCGCUUUUCGAGCUCCCCGAAGAAAAAGGGAGUUGCGGUUGAGCCGCGGGCCGACGGGUCCGUGAACCUCAAAGACAUUCUCCACAAAAUCGACGCUUCGAGAAGAGCCUCGAAGGAAAAUUUGGAAAAACUGCGAAAAAGAACCUCCAUCACGAAAAUAAUGGUAAACGACAAUUUGCCGAUCGAGAACGACACGAACAACAACGGAAGCGCGCCGCCCUCGGGCAGAGCCAAAAGCGAGCCGCCCUCCUCGAGCCUCCCCGGCGCUCCCCACGAGCUAGCCAAACUCGAUCUCCCGCCCUCGUUCGUCAGGUCCUCGUCCUUGUCCAGUGAAAGCAGUUGCCCCACGCCCUCGAGCCUCCGGUCCGACAUCGGGCUGUCGUGGGAAGACGUCCACGGGAGCCAGAGCCCGAGCGCGUCCCUAGACAAGUCCGAGGAGCUCGCAAAAGCCUCGAGGAAAUUCGAGUCCCUCGGAGCCACCAAAAACCCUGCUGAAAAUCGCUUCGAAUCUCUCGCUAAAUCCAAGUCCGCGUCGCCCAUGAGCCCCGAGGAGAGAAGGGUUUGGGGCAAAGUUUGCACCGGCUCCUACACACGCGCCAUGCAAAAGUUCAAUGGCAAGCAAAGCCACGAUCGAAAAAUCAACUUUUUCAACUCCGGACAAAACUGCGAAAAAACGAGGCGGCGAAGCAGCCCGGCGAUGCCCCAGUGCGCCGACUCCUGAAAAAUCUCAGCGCCCUCCUCCCGACGCGGAUUUAUCUCUCUUCGACCUCCCUGUCGCCGAGUUCCCUCUCGAAACACCUCCCCGAAUCUCCGGCCCGAUAAAUCUACCAAACUAAGACUGAGCACUCACGAUGCACUCUUUCUCGGGCGAUCAACACGAGCCUCGACCUUCUUCUUCUUCUCUCCUCUUUCCGUCUCUUCGGCUUCGUAGCUUUUAGGUUAUUUGUACAUUUUUUAGGAUACGAAAAAGCUGCGUUUACGCAUCAUCCGGGAAGAGCUUCGUCAAAAGAAUCUCAAAAGCUCUCAACAGUUUUCGAUUAUUUUUCUUUGCAGCCACUUUUCUCUCGCUACGUUCCUUCCAAAUCAAAUUCCUCGGCUCUCUUAUACCUUUAUCGAAUUUUUUCCGAACCGCCGACAAUCGAAAUUUUUAUGAAUUACGGAAUCGAAUAUUCGAACGUUUUACUUUGAUUCGAAGCUUUCUAAAUUCAUUCAACAAUAUUUUGGCUACUGAGUUUUUCAUUUUUUCUAAUUUCAUGAUUCAGGGAAAGACAUUUUUUAGUGUUUCCAAAGAAAUUGGAAACGAGCGGCACUGAAUAGUGAUUUUUUUUUUUUUAAUUUUCACAAGAAUUUUCAAUUUUCGAUGAUAAUUGUGUUCUUCGGUUUUUUACUAACUCUCCAUUUUUCCAGAUUAUUUUCAACAUUUUCAAGUGCCAAGAUUCAUGUCCAAUAAAAUGUCCUAUGACUAAAAAAAAGAGACAAAAAAUAUGAAUAUUUGUCCUCCGGAUGACCAUUUUUCACAUUCGCUUCACUCAAAAAUGCGUAAACGGAGCAUUACUCGAGUUAUUUAAGGGCAGCGAUCGCUUAUUUUCGAAAAGGAAGUGAACAUUUUUUAGAAAGCGUCAUACUCGUGAACCGGAAGUGACGGAAUUUCGAGUGACUUGUCAAUUCCUCGAGAUUUCAUUCGACGAAAUAAUAAUACUUGAUUCUGCGCGAUAAAAAAAUGUAGUUUCAGGGUCGCACGACCAUUUUUGGAAAUAAUUGCACUCGUGAAUCACUGCGAAUGAGAAGCGAGGAGAGCGGCGAUCGUCUCGCGCAGCCUUUGUUUUUUUCGUCCUCGUUACCAACGCAAUCGAAAGCUUGAGCUAAAAAAAUGAAACUAAUGAAAAACUGGCCCGAAAACUUGCUCUGAAAUCAAUUGGCAAAAGAGUUUUCAUUUUGGGAUAAAAAAUCGUUGGGCAAUUACGAAAUUUCGAUAACAAAACCAGCCAGCGAUGAAAGUCCGAGGAAACGAAUGAUCGAAGGGGAAAAAAAAUCCGUUCGAAAAAUGACGUGUGUUCAAUGACAGUUCCAGGAAAGAAUUGAUGAUGGUAAAAAGGAUGGAAAAACGAAAAAAUAUAGAAAACGUUCAUAACAUAAUGUCGCUCGAUUUGUAGAGAUAUUUAUGAUCAUUGAUACGUGUCACGCGAAUGCAAUUAGUCUUGAAUAAAUCGAGCCUCGCUGUCAUCGAUUUCUAUAAAUAUAAAUCUACCUAUAUAUAUAUAAAAUGUAUUUGCAAUUGCGAUUAGCGAUUACCGAUUCGGGAACGCUUUACGGAGGAUUUCAGCGAGGGCGUUAUCUCGUAUUUGCAUCGAUCGAUUUCGAGAUCGCGUCUCGAUCGAAGCCCCGUUACUAUUUAAGAUUAUAAUAUUUAUCGUAUUUUAGUUUUUGUCAUUAUUUUUUCUUCCUCAGAAAUUAUUUGUUCGCCUCGUGCGAGGUGCUGAAGGGCCAGGAUUUUGGAACAGUCCGGGAGAACAGCGGCGCCCUAAUUAGUAUGCUAACGCUUUGUGACCAUCGAAUAAACGAGAAAAUUGAAUAAAAAUGAAGAAUCAUGUUUUCGCGAUUCGGAGUGAAGAUAAAUGUUUGGAACGGAAGAACAAUCGAAAGGGAAGAAAAUAAAAAGGGUUUUUUUCAAUAAUUCCGAGUCGAAGUGUAACGGAAUUGGGAAUUGGAAUGAAAAUAUGAAAGAGAAAUUUCGUAAAUAACGAUAAAAUGCGCAAUUAAUAUAUCCUGAGAGCGAAAUAAGAUCGUAUCGGGGAGGCAAAAUUAUUCAUAAUAUUCUCCAAAGCUCCCGAGUCUUGGCAUUAAUUAACGUCCCGUUUGUCAAUGAAUAAAAACAAAAUUGAGGCAAAAAACACAACGGACGAUGGUGGAGAAAAACGUUAGCCGACUAAUUACUGGAUGCUGUUCUCCUUCGUCGCGGCUUAAGCCGCGAACAGCGACGAUUUAUCAUCAUCGCUCAAUUGCGCAGCAACGAGAUCGAUUCUCGUUCGAUAUAUUUUCGCUUUUUUUCUUCCAAUGGAUUUUAUAAAACUUCCGGGAAAAUUAUCGCUGCGAUCAAAAACUGUAUUAAAAUUUUCUUCAAGAUUCA